AUGGAGACUUUCUUCAGCGACAACAUGUUCGGUGGUGAAGCGACGUCGGUGUUUCCAUCGCCGCCGAGCGAAGGAGACACGGUUAUCAGUCGGAUGGAAGCCCCGAUAGAGAAGGUGAAGACGGUGAAGAAUCCGACCACUCCGGCGCAGCGAUCUGUAGGUGCAUUCUGUUCUGAAACUACUACAUCCGCUAAUAGAUCCCUUAGCGGCGGACAGAUGGCCGCAGAGUCUCCGAGCAGGAUCAGAACACAAUUGUAAAGAUGGAGCGAAUGUACCACGAUGCGUUAUGGCGAGCACUGGAAAUUGGCGUCGAUCUUUCGUACCACCCCCUGAUCGACUGGCCGGACAGUAGGCAUGGACCUUGGCGCAAGCGAAUGAUUCGGGAGUUGGAAGAAGGUUUGAAGCACAUCACAUCAAUGGCCAGGGAGUUUGAGAGGGGGCUGGAACGCGGAGGUGGGUGCAAUAAUGCUCCUUUCUGACCAUGAUAAUCACUGACUUCCAUGGCAAGGUCAUCCGGAUGUUAUCAGCCACGAGGAUAGCCCGUGGACGGAGAGAAAGCCCUUUGGUUCCUGGACUCGGGCGAGAUGGCAUGAAUGGUACAACUCAAUCGCAUUGCGAAACCACGGCAAAGCCUGGCAAAAGACAAAACAAUCUCCUGCUUCUUCGAUGUCCAGCUCUUCCCGAGACAACGCCACUCCUCCACAUUUCGUCAAUGCAGAUCUCGAUGUCUUUGGUGGCAGCGCUCCUUCCGGUAUCCAAGAAGCUCGAGCGAGCGGAAAUGGCGAUUAUUCGAGCCGAAGCGUGCAGGACUCGCAGGAACAUCUCGUCGCUUACCUGAAUAAUGGACCACGCGGCCUGUUCCUUGUCGAUGUUGAUGGCUCUACCAUUGGGUACCUUAAGGACGGCGCUUUUGUACAGAAUGGUGCAGUCGUGGCUUCCAUGCGCCGUGGAUCUUCUGCCCAGCAUCUUCUGAAUCUCCAUGGCGCACACGUCGGCAGCUUCAAAUUGGGACAACAAGGUCCAGCCUUCUAUGGGCCUGUGGGUGUGACCAUUGAACGCGAUACGAGCGGUUCUGCCACACUCUCGCGAGGGUUUUCCCUGGACUAUGGUCGUGUCGAUGACCCAGUGCGCAGUGCCAUACCACAUCAAACUACUGGUAGCUCGUGCCCAGUGCCUUCCACCAGCAAUUCUGACCCGCGCAAUGAUCCUGACACGAUGUCGUAUCCCACUGUUCUUGAUAACGACGGAGUUCCUGCACGUGAGCAGACCGACACGGAUCCACCAAAUGUUGCGCCAAGCGAGACCAAUGAUCCUGCCUGCCAAAUUGACGACCAAUGCCACGACACGCUCCAAAACUCGGCGAAUAUUAUUGGCUGUGACUCAAACGCCUCGGUCGACAAUGGAAGUGCCACCAAACCGCUGCCAUACGGCAAGUCAAACCUUUCGGUUGCAGACGGCGCUGGAGAUCAGUACCAGGUGGCCGCUAACAGCACGAGCCCUUCUGAUAUUACCCGCAACUGUCACUUGCCGCUCGCAGCCGGCGAUACUCAGUACCUAGUGAACGGUAGAUCCUAUACCAAUGAGGAAAUCAUGAGCAUGAGCCAACCCGAUUUCAAUCAGUGGCUGGAGAGCUGGCAUCCUCGGCUUAUCUCCGGAUCAUCAACGCAGCUCGGAGAGGCCGGGAACCCAUCUGGUAACGCAGAUCCUCUCGAAGACUUGCUGAAUAUCGAGAACUCCUAA